AUGGUAUCUUUAGGUAUAAUUUCGUUUCACUCUGGAUCUUCCGGAACCUCAUUCUUUGAGAAAUAUCAAGAAAUUUUAAAGAAAAUUGCAAUAAAAUGCUCGUCCCUUGACAUCAGCGGCAGAACUACAAGAAAAUUACCAUUGAUGUGUCUUUCCGAAUACUUCCGGACAUUUCCUGUUGAACAUAAUGAGUUCGUCGUGGCAUUAGCCAUGUCAGCGCGAAAGCUGGGCAGUGCGCGGAAAUAG